GGGGGGGCGGGGGUCUCCUUUCCAGAAAACAAGCUGAUUUUCCACAAAUGAGACCAGUGAGCUUUACAGGCCGAGUCCUCUGUGAUGCCGAGCGUGAAGAUGUUAAAGGUGUUUAUCCAUUCUGGGGACGGAAUUAGAGGGGGCCAGAGCAGGAGAGGACGGAAAUCGCCUCCUCGCUCACCUCAGGAGCUCUGCACUUGCGGUUUCGUGUGUGAUUUCGGGCUGCUUCCUUCCACUGGCUUCCCGCUGCUAAACCUGCUUUUUCGGUCAGUUUCUGCAAUUUGCGACCCCACAGGACAAGAGCGUUAAAUCAUUACGGAAGCCAAGACACACCAACCAGAGCCAUGCUUUCAAUUACUAGCCUGAUAGUGUCAGAUGUUUCAAAGAAUAGCGGAGAGUGUCUUCCUGUUAGUCUGCUGGGGGGCGAUCCACAGGGGUGCUGGAGAGUUUGGCUAGUCACUAUGCUCUACUUUCAACCCCCAAAAACCCGCCAUUUUUUUCCUUGCUUUCGCCGGAGCUUGACUUGGGCUUUUUGCAUGGCAGAUCUUGCCAGUAACCUCUGUUAGUCAAAAGUCUUCCAAAAGUCUGUCCAUAAUUUUCAGAUGUAGUGCCGGAAGGUCCUGUUUUAGUAAAAAAAGGAAAUAACAAAAAAAGGUAUAUGUCUCAAGUGCGUGAGUUCCUGACACCACAGUUAAUGACUUUGAGUAAAGGAUAUAUUACUCCUGCCCUUCUCAACCUUAAUUCCAUUUGCACCCAGUUAGAAACACAGCAUACUGAUUGACCUUGAACAGUCCGACCGGAAUUGGUCAUUAAACUCUGUUUAAAGUCUUUUUUUGUAACUGUCUCCGUAUCCCUGAAGAGGAACAGCUUUCACAGGGACGUUACUGCCGUGCGUAGUGUGCUAGUGCACUGCCGUGUGAAGGAGAUUGUGGCUCGGUCUCGCUGUCUGUUUCCAGAACAUUCUUCUGCAUUGCAGGUAACUGUGCCUCACUGGCGUAUGAAAAAUUCUUACUGCAGUAUUCAGUAUCGAGGUCCUGCCGAGCGUCGACACUCUGCAGCGAGCUCCCGGUACGAAGGAGUUAAGAUCCGAUUAACUGUUUAUUCAGUAAAAACAUUGCCAGAGGUGAAUCGUUUAAAUGUGUAGUCUUUUCAAAGAAGAUUUACAUGUAGGAUGAUUUGAAAAGAAGUUUAAUUUGAUUAACAGCAUGUUUAUUUUCUCAACUGCAGGGGCUGGAUGUUUAGCGGGACGAGGGCUGUUAGCGCAGCCACUGGUGCAUUAGCUGCUAAGUGGGAGAUGUUCAGUCACACAUAGGUGGUUGCACUUGGCGUGAUGCGACAAGGAGACCACAGCUUGAAUACCUAUCCAGAGCAGCAUCUGCAGCUGAAUCAGUGAUCAUACCCGCUUUUGAGAAGACCCCACUUAGAAGCAGAGCUUGUAUGUUAACCCAACACAAGUUUUAGGAAAUGAAGUUUAUGUCAACACAGCUACAGGGUUUUCUUUGGCAGGUGAUGCACAAUUGAGAAGGCAGGGUCAGUUAGUCCGUGGAGCAAUUGGAGAUUAAGGGCCCAACUGUCAAACUACUUUGCCAACCCUGAGAUUUGAACUGGUGACUUUCUAAACAGAGGCACCACCAAGUGACACCAUCCUUUGGUUUGCCAGAUGGCCUCAUUUUACCAUUUUGCUAACCAAGCAUUGUCAUACACAGGAUGUGCAUGUCAUACUGCACUUGAACACUUCCUGUUUUUACAUGCCGCCCUCAAUCCCGGUGCUGGGCAUGGAGCUCUGGCGUCUGGUCUGGGUCCUUGACAAGACUAAACCAGGGCUCCUUCCACAAGCUGAGGAUGGCCAGGAAUCUUCCUUCAGGCCCCUGCCCCGUUUGUUUUUAAUUGACCCCAGAGGGGGGCGUUGUGCAGUACGCCCCAGCGUGCCCGGGAUGCAUGGUGCACCCAGGUAUACCAGCCACUGCAGCUUUCACCGUCAGCACUGUUUCGGGAGAAUCCAGAGUGAUAAAAAAAAAACACGCCGACCUGCGUUUCUCUCCUCUUCCAGUUCUCUGCUGGCCUUCUAAAGGGGUGGGGUGUAGCUCGGUGGAUUAAGAUGCAGUGCCUAUGAUCGGAAGUUCACCGGCUCGCAUCCAUUGAGCAAGGCCCUUAAUUUCCAUCCAUCCAUUUUACUGGGUCGUGGGGACUCCGGAGCCUAUCCCGGAAGCAAUGGGCACGAGGCUGGGAACAACCCAGGAUGGGGGGCCAGCCCAUCGCAGGGCACACUCACGCAUCAUUCACUCACAUAUGCACUCCUACGGGCAAUUUAGCAACUCCAAUUAGCCUCAGCAUGUUUUUGGACUGUGGGGGGAAACCGGAGUACCCGGACGAAACACCACGACGACAUGGGGAGAACAUGCAAACUCCACACACAUGUGACCCAGGCGGAGACUCGAACCCGGGUCCCAGAGGUGUGAGGCAACAGUGCUAACCACUGCACCACCAUGCUGCCCCGGCCCUUAAUUUAAGAACUGGAAAUUAUUUCAGCAUUUUUCUUAAUUGUAAGAGUAGCUUGUUGGGGGAGAGCUUGUUCCUGCAUAAAAAUCUUUAUUUAAUGCUUAUUGUAAUAUGUUUAAGAAUUCCGUUUUCAUCAGACCCAGCGGUUCUGUCAGACACUGAGCUGCAGUGAACGCCAGCAGUUGUCAUGGAGUUCCCCAGACAAGCAGGGCUGGUACCAGACUACUGGACCUGGUAUGGGCAGACCCGGCCCUCAGAGCCUCAGGAAGCGAGAUAAGGUGGAGAAGUGAUGGACUGAGUGAGAAUCUAGUGAGGCAGUAGACAUGAGCUGUGGGGAGGCUACCAUCUGCUUACGGAACUCACAGAUUAUACAGCUUCAUACAUCACUUUGUUCUUGAAAGAAAGACUUGACGUGCUGAUAUAUUAUGCAUGGUGGACUGUGUGUGUCCACCUUUCCUGUUCAUUAGCAGCUAUGGGAUGCUCUGUAACUUGUUUGUGUCACUCUUAUUUUGUAGAUGUAGGUGCAUGCCUGUGUACUCUUUUGUGAUAUAAAAAUUAUUAGUUAGGAAGAAUUAUAAAAUGAAGAAAAUUAACCAUAUUGACCUUAUUGUGCCGUAGAAUCUCAGCAAAACACUUCUCUGCCCUCCCAUUAGGAUGUGCAAACCAGGUUUCAUGGACUGAUUAUAGAGUGUAAUACGGGUGCUGUUAUUAACAGCUUGUGUGGACGUCCUCUCCGGUGGCGUCACCGUAUUUGAUGGCGGCCACAGAAAGGGAACUGGAGAUCGUUUCAUUUCUGUAUGUUUUUGUGUCGGGAUGUGAGGAGGUGGCCACCAUCUUGGAAGGCUCGGCCAAAGAAAGAGCUGUUCAUCAAUGUCACAUGUGUUUACAGGAUGACUGGGAAGGCCCAGGUUUCAGUCUCUGCUAAAGCCACGUAACAGGCCUUUGAGGAACUGCAGCUGCUGACAGUCCACUGGGGAGGAAUGUAACCCUUUCCUCGCUCGGAAAAGUGCGUCCAAAUAAUCGUACCCCACCCCCAUUACCGCGGUGUAAUAAUGCACACCACUGCAGCGUGGUCUAACAUAAACUUGCUAGCCGAAUAACUUCAUACUUCCUUUUUUAUGAUUUAAUAAAUAUGUAGAUCAUGUUUAUUAUUAUUAUUAUUAUUAUUACUGGAACUAGUUUAAUGUGAGAGUUGUUACUGGCAACUAAAUCCCAUCUAUUUAGCCAACAAUGUUUGUGUGGCAGUGCUGACACUUUAAAGAGGCAGCUAAGCAGGAAGUGCCUCUGGGAUCAUGUGGAGCUAAAGGGGGGACAGCAAGGUCAUGCACCUCUGGCAUCUUAUUAACAAUUAAAGAUCAGACCCCCCCCCCCCACACACACACACACACGCACGCCUUGGGGUAUACCCCUUCUGACAUGUAAUUCAGUGAUAAGCACAGGUCCCGAAGAGGCAGGUUUCUUCUAAGAUAUAGGGGCAACUAAGGGUUAAUAAUUAAUUGAUUCAUUGACUACUAAGCAUUUCCUUGAAAAAUUCAGCUGGGUGAGCAUAAUGAACUUUCGAGCCGCUUAAAUUAGACCUUCGAGUCAAGAGAACAUGAUGAUCCGUAGCCAGAUUUAGGGAUGUUGUAGACUGGUGUCCAUUUGAGGGAAAAAAUCGGAAUGCCCACGUGUGUCACGGUGCGUAAAUGUCUCUUCUCCCCGCGAGACAAAAUGCAACGCGGGAAUUCUCAGUGGCCUUUCAUACCGCAUGUGCUACAGCUCUCCUGGCUUCAUACGUGAUUCAUUCGCUCCCGGCGCAUGCUUUCAGAGCAGAGGUCAGGUUUAUACGCAUAGCACUUACUCACCCGCUAAAGCCUCCUCUUCCCUGUCUGCAUCGUUGUAUGGGUGACAGAGCAGUACUCUUCCUCUUUCCUGAUUUAGGGAAGAAGCCAGUGGCUGGGUACAGGUUAUUUUAAGCCUGAAAAUUCUGAAUCAGUCCUCCCCCCUCCCUCACUCCUCUCCGGCUCUAUUUAUGAUUUUGUAUUCAUACAUACAAAAGCGGACGCCGCUGCGUCUUUGCGACUCCAGAUCGGAAAUGAAACUUUGUGCCAGUGUUAUUUAGGCUCUGUGUGUUGAGGCUGAAUCUUCUCACUAGGCUCUCUUUUCUGGAACUUACUUGAGCUUCCAUCAAAACACUUCAGAGUGCCACGUGCCUGGUGCCACAUUCGUCAUAGAUGUUUGGACGCCCUGUGGAAACGACCCUUUCAGCUGACACACCUGCGUCGUGUUCCCCCCUGGCUAAACCCCCGGGAGGGUUGUGUGCACGGGGAUGAGACUUAUUCACAGGGCUUUACAGACACGUGAGCGUGUUUGGUUCCUUCCUGCUCUGCCAUCGAUGCAGGAGGCAGCCGGCCGGCAGGGCAGCUGACGCACACGGGCGCCCAUCUGCCUGCCCUCCACACUCAUUAGCUUCCAUUGGCCAUUAGUGGUGGGCCCUAUAUUGUACAACAACUGUCCGUCUAAUGACGCUCUGCAGAAAGCCUGGGGUCCAUCUCUGGAAGCACGGGGUGCACCAUGGAUGGUGGAAUGAUGCUUUUUUUUUACCAUAUGUACAAUAAAUUAAGUUUUCACAUAACCCAUUUUGCUCCCCUUUCAGAUAUACACACAACUUGGGUCUGAGUCCAAGGCCAGCCAUUCAUCUGGCACUAGUGGAGCAUUUUUGGGGGCUCCGUGGCUAUUGUGACCCUUCUACUGAGCAUGGGACUUAAACCUUCUGAUAACAGGCACUAAACCCUAACUCACUGAGGCAGCCCCCUAGUGACACCUUCACCAAUUUGGAGAGUCCGGUGGGUCUAAACUGCAAAAGAACCCUUGUGGAGACCACGAAGUGCGAAACACAUUCGAACCAACAACCCUGCAUCGGUCAGGCUACAAUGCAGCUAGUGGCAGUCAUAGGCUGCUUGCAGCCGGAACCCUCCGGAAGCGGCAGGGAAGGAUUUGUCCCCUCGUCAGGCAGGACAGCAACCUGAGGAAUGUACUGUAUACUGUACAGAGAGGACCACUUUAUUAGGGGUUGUUUAUCCACAACGGGAUGGUGGGGGAGGGGCAGGCCCUCUGUGGAUUCUCAUGCCCCCAGUUCCUCUCCGCCUCCUUUCAUUUUCCAGGACCCAAGCCAGACAUCAAGGCAGGAUUCUUGGAUACAUCGCCAGCCAUGCGGCCGGAUGAGUGGGAUUCUUCAAAUUUCCACAUGCUGACAUCCGGCAUCCUAUUGGACGGCUCUUGUCUUAUUCAGUUCUGGGUCCUUGGUGACAAAGGACAAGUGAUGGACAUCCAUGCCUCUUUGGGGGUCCUGACAGUCAUGAUGCUGCAUGUUGGAACUGCAGUGAGCAUGGACGUGUCUGCUGAAUGGGACGUCAGUACAGCAUGUUUGCUGCGUGCUGUGUUCUUCUGGAAGCGGGAGGGAAGAAGUUACGCAGCACCAUCCAGAGGAGCACGGAGACAGGCUUGGCGGUGGAGAUGAGGAGCCGUAUGACACGGCAGGCCAGCCGGGAGUCCACCGACGGCAGCAUGAACAGCUACAGCUCCGAAGGAAACCUGAUAUUUCCUGGGGUGCGGCUUUCUUCUGACAGCCAGUUCAGUGACUUCCUGGAUGGUCUUGGUCCUGCUCAGCUUGUGGGCCGGCAGACAUUGGCCACACCUUCCAUGGGUGACAUCCAAAUUGGAAUGGUGGAUAAGAAAGGAUUGCUAGAGGUGGAAGUCAUUCGAGCUCGUGGCCUUGUGGGAAAACCAGGCUCUAAGGCACUGCCAGCACCCUAUGUCAAAGUGUACCUUCUGGAAAAUGGAGCCUGUGUAGCCAAAAAGAAAACGAAAGUUGCUCGGAAAACUUUGGAUCCCCUCUAUCAGCAACAACUGUCGUUUGAAGACACUCCAGGCGGGAAGGUUCUGCAGAUUAUUGUGUGGGGGGACUACGGACGCAUGGACCACAAAUCUUUUAUGGGCGCUGCUCAGAUACUUUUAGACGAUCUUGACUUGUCCAACAUGGUGAUUGGCUGGUUCAAGCUCUUCCCCCCUUCCUCAUUGGUGGACCCGACCCUGGCACCUUUGACCAGGAGAGCUUCCCAAUCGUCACUGGACAGUUCCUCUGGACCUUAUGCUCGUUCAUAGCAGUGCAAGAAAAGAUAGCGUUGUUGUAGCAGCCAGAGUUGGAGUUUAAAGUCUCGACAGGCCACGCCCUGGUUACCCUGGUUACAAUGCAUGCUUGAUGUUGUGUCCUUUGAGCCUGUUUCUAGGGAUGCAAAGGUGAUCCUGUGUUUUUGGCAAAAGUUGCACACAUUGUGCGCUCCAAAAACCCUUAUGGGGAGAACCAGAUAGAAGCAGCAUGAACAAACUGGCAAACAUGGAGUUGCGUGAUGCUAGGUUUUCAUCCAAUCUGAAGCCAUGGAGGGUGGACUGAGAACCAAUCAAUGAGUUCUACAGAAGCCCUUUUUUAAAAUAAAAAAUACAACUAAAAAUCAAAGUCAUUAAUCUUGUUUUUUUGUUUUGUUUAUUGUAUUUAUUUAUGUUUUUUUUUUUUUUUGCUCUUGUUGUCAACGUACAAGAUGGGGUAACAACGUUGCUUAUCAGAUGCCUGGUUAUGCCACAGCAAUGCAGAAGUUAGAACAGGGGCAGUGAGAUGCGGCACAGCAAUUUAGGGUGUAACCCAGCGCAAGGCACCUGCGCUCCAUGCAGCCCAGUGAACCCAGAUUAGCUACGCGCCCUCACAGCUAAAGCAGGUCCUGAGAAAUUGCGAGUCAACUUUUCAAAAUGGCUGUAACCGACGCUGCAGGUCAUUAACACCACAUCCCAGAACAAGAUGAACUUUUCUGAUCUAUCAUAAUUAUUUCUCUGUUGAUAUAUUGUAUGAAAUUUAAAAGAGGAAAUAAUUUUUUUGCAUGAUCACAAAUUUAGCUGAACUUUAAAAAAAAUUAAAUUAUUUUCUUGAGGCUGCAACUUGCAAAAAAAAAGAAUAAAAAGAAAAAUGAUAGAGAUCAGCCAUUUUCAACAAUUUAUAUUAUUUUUAAAGGUGAAUUUCACUAGUGCAUGGUUUUAAAAGGGAGUGAAUGUAACGCCGUGAUUCAAAGAGACACACCGUAUUUGUCGCCUGUCAGACCACACACUGGUCUGUAUUUUUACAGACAGGAAGCAUAAAAAAAAGAUUUAUAGCUUAUUAACAAGACCUGUUUAUGUGACAAGAUAAUAUUAAAAUAAAUGUAAAGUAUUAAUUUCAUUGUAAAGGCGCAAGCCUUAAAAAGACAGAUAUUAUGUGCAAAUUGUACAUUUCUCAAUUCUGUCCUCCCCCAGGUCAUUGUACUACUCAUUUCCGUCAUUGUCCAAUUCCCCUGGUUCCGUCCCGGUUCCUUCAGAACUGUAAAUUAUCUUACGGUUCUGGAUUCUUUAUGUCUGUAUUUCUUUUAUGGAUUUGAUUUGUCUAACAAGCAUGUUGAAAAGGGAUUUUUUGCAACAUGGCUUGGGCACACAGUAACUCAGCAUGUUUUGAUAGAAAAGAGAUAUUUGGAUUUUUGCAGUUUUCUUGUACAGUGCAUGUAAAAAGAAAAAAAACAAAAAACUAAGUUACUUUUUUCCUUCACCUUGAAUUGAAUUCUACAGCAAAUGAGUUAUCGGGCUUUUGUGGCCAACUGUUGAGAUGUUUAUCGAGACAUUCCACCUCCUGGUAUCAUUAUGUUUCUGAUUAAAAAAAAGCAAAAAAUCAACAAAAAAAAAAGAAUGAUAAAGGAAAAUGGUUUUAUAUUUAAUAGUGGUUGACUACAAAAUAGUGUAAGGUUGCAUCUUUUAUUUUAUUAUUGUUGUAAAAAAAAAAAAGAGUAAUACAAACAAAAAAGAAUAAACCCAUAAACUGGAUUCGCGGGAUGAAUUUUAUCUAAGCGAGCA